AUGGCACGUCAGACGCCAACCACCAGUCGAACCAAUACCAUUGAUUCACAGACUUCAGCACCCUCUCCGUCACAAUUAUAUCCGGACACCUUCCGCAGUGGAGGCAUGAACUACGUCUCAAGCGUGAAUAGCAGUCAAACUAGUCUUCAUCGGCAGGACGGUCAGGAUGGCGAACGUCCAAGCACAUCAUUGGCCAGGACCCCGGGCACCGGUGCCGCUGCAUCGCCCGCAUUGAUGCAGACAGCGGGGCUGGGUACACCUUCCAGUUCGACAUCCGGGCUGUCCGGGCUCGUCUGCAAUGUGCAUCGGACGACUGGUCGCGAGCCGCAUCCCUUGGUUGGCGCGACAACCACGAUUUUGGGCGACAAGCUAUAUGUCUUCGGUGGUAGGAGGCUGUCUCGAACAAGACCACAACUCACAUCGGACCUGUACGAGCUGGACCUUGUCAAGCGACAUUGGACGAAAAUCGAAGCGAAGGGCGACAUACCACCACCCCGGUACUUCCACAGUGUCUGCCCGCUCGGAGACACAAAGCUCGUCUGCUACGGUGGCAUGUCCCCUGCAUCUCAACAACCGAACCAGUCUGCGGCAGUGUUACAGGGCACGCCCGCAGAUGCGCAACCAGAAGUGGUGGUGAUGUCAGAUGUCCACAUCUACGACGUCCCUACCCGAACCUGGAUGCAUGUGGCAACGACCGACUCACCCCAAGGACGAUAUGCCCACUGCGCAACAAUAUUACCUUCGACCGCUGUCUUCUCCUCAACACAUGCCACCUUAGCAGCCAUACGGCACAAUCCAUCUUCGACGAAUCCAAACCAAGGGUCAAUUGGUGUACAGCUGGAUGGCGAAGGCGGCGCGGAGAUGGUUGUGGUUGGUGGUCAGGACAGCGCCAACCACUACAUUGAACAAAUAAGUGUGUUUAACUUGAGGAGUCUGAAAUGGACGGCUACAAACACUCUGGGAAGGAGCUGUGGAGCCUACAGGAGCGUUGUUGCCCCUUUAACCAGCAUUCACCCGGAUAAGAUAGGGGUAGGAACACGAAAACGGAGCGAAACGGACAGCCCAGAAGAACAGGAUGUGGCUACAAGAAAUGGAGGAGCGUCCAUGCUGAUAUAUUCCAACUAUAAUUUCUUGGAUGUCAAGCUUGAAUUGCAGGUUAGGCAUCCUGAUGGAACGCUUUCGGAAAAGCCAAUGCAGGGAAACUUUUCUCCGCCAGGGCUACGGUUUCCCAAUGGCGGAGUAAUCAAUAACCAUUUCGUGGUUAGCGGCACCUUCUUGACGUCGUCGAAGCAGGAAUACGCGCUCUGGGCAUUGGACUUGCGAACGCUGAGCUGGGGCCGGAUAGAGGCUGGAGGCAACGUCUUUAGCCAGGGCAGCUGGAACAGGGGGAUCUUGUGGAACCGCAGAAACAGUUUCGUGAUCCUGGGUAAUCGCAAGCGGAGUCUUGUUGAAGACUACAACCACCGACGGAUCAACUUUUCCAAUAUUUGCGUGGUGGAGUUAGAGGCUUUUGGACUCUACGAUAAUCCUCGGAAGGUGACCCCAAACUCAGCGUUCACGUCUGUGAGCGCGCCCAGGCAUUCUGACGGCCUGGAUAUCAAUGCAGGAGGGCGGACGCUUUCGCCUGCGGCGGCUGAACUUGGUCAGUUGACCUUGGGUAUGCGCGAGCUAGCCGAUAUGGACUUCCUCGCCAUCCAUGGUGAACGCAUUCCGGUCAAUUCACAUCUCAUCGCCCGCCGCUGGGGCCCGUAUUUCAACCAGUUGCUUCGCGAAAGCACAAUUACAUCGGAGACUGCUGAUACGGCGACUCUUCGUCCUGCAGCCGGGGUGCACCCAUCCCGCAAUUCCAGCAUUACUAUUACCCCCUCCGUCAAGACGACGUACUCCGCUGCUACUACGCUGACAAAUAAUACCGCCACUCCCUCCGAAUCAUCAACCGCGGCUGGCUCAAUGAUAAGUCCGCCUGAUCCCGUCGCUCAACCACCUUCUGUCAGACCUAGGACACUGUACCUGCCACACACCCACCUAACGCUCCAGGCUCUCAUACACUAUCUUUACACCUCCUCUCUGCCGCCACCUAACUCUCCGCUAUGCACACCACAAAUACUAUGCUCCCUGCUUCAACUCGCUCGACCAUAUCAUAUCGACGGUCUUUUAGAGGCAAUCAUCGAGCGUUUGCAUGUGCUAUUAGAUAAUCGAAAUACAGCUGCUAUCUUCAAUGCGGCCGCCAUGGCGGCAGGCAGUGGCUCCGACCUAGCCUUCUUAGGCGUCAACGGCGUAUCCGCUAACGGAACUUCGAACGGCCUCCUCGACCCUGUUGCCAACAACACCAACAACGCCUCCGUGGAGCGUUCGCUCGACCCCGCACUCCGCGCUCUCCGCAUAAACACCGAUGUAAGCGCGAACCACGAUGAUGAAGUUAGCUCUGCGACAUCGACGAACACAUCGGCCUCUGCGUCAGACAGUGGGCUGGGCGAUGGCAGCGGUAUCGGUAGCGAACGCGAAGUAUGGAACGGAGAGGUCAGUGCUGUUGUCGGACUACAGAAGCGGGGCUUGAGGGGUUUGAUGGAGGGCAGAAGGAUAAGAGAGAUGGGCAGAGGAAGUUCGAGGAGCAGAGAUGAGGGAGGACCAUCGAACGGCGAUGGGCUGGGGCUGGGGCUGAUGGGCUCGUGA